UGAACAGAAGGUCUAACAAAAGAAGCGGAGAUUACCGGAGCGAUCGGGAUGAGAGAAGGUGCGCGACUGGCAGAACCGCAUUCAUUCAGUACGAGUUUGGCUCUUGUGCAGUGAAGACUGGAUUUUUUUCACUGCAUUCACUUGAACAAAUCGGCCGUGUGGUCUCUGUUCUCGAACAGUAGAGUAGAAAAACGUGUUUUGCUUUUUGUGAAGAAAAAAAAAGACACCGCAUGCUUUGAAUAGGCUGCAAUUAGUGGAAUAAUCAAUAUCAAAAGGUUUCAUUCUAAGUGACUGAUUCUGAAAGUGAUUUCACCAAUCGAGACAUUUAGUAGAAAGAAUCCUGAACUGAACUCUAAAUUAAAGUGAAGUUGAAGAUUUUAUCAACGUUUGUGUGAUUUUGUUCAGCCGGAAAAGGCUCCAAUCGAAAAUGAUUAAUCAUAGUAUGGCCAGCUUGACUCAUCCCCAUUACGGGUUCUCGCUCGGAGGUCAGAUGGAUAUGCCGCCGGCAGCAGAUUAUGCCCCGCAACCGAAUCACAGUCCGGGAAGUGUGGAUGUGAAACCUCGGCUCAGCUUUCCGCCGACUUCCCUGGCAGGAUUCCAAACUCAUACGCCAACCCAGCAUGGAUCGCAGCAAACUUCUCCUGGACAGGAGGGCCACAUCAAGCGACCGAUGAAUGCCUUCAUGGUAUGGUCCCGUUUGCAGCGCCGCCAGAUCGCCAAAGAUAACCCGAAGAUGCACAAUUCAGAAAUCUCCAAGCGCCUUGGAUCGGAGUGGAAAUUGCUGUCUGAGGCACAGAAACGUCCCUUCAUCGAUGAGGCCAAACGGCUCCGCGCCAGUCACAUGAAGGAACACCCGGACUACAAGUACCGCCCACGACGCAAGCCGAAGAACCCCCUAGCCAACGCAGCGAAUGGACUCCCGCUCGGUAUGCAGCAACCCGGCAAAGCUACUCUCGGUUCCGCCUAUCCGUUCCCGCAACUUCCGCCAUACUUCGCCCCUGCGCAUCACCUCCAGCAGCUGGAGCAGCACUACCCCGUUCCAUACUUUGGUGGAUUUGACCCGUUGACCCUGUCCAAAUUGCACCAAUCGCAGAACAUGCAGAGUACCUCACCGACUGGUCUGGAAGCGCAGAAAACUCAACAGAUGCCUCCGACCUCGCUUAGCUCCUUCUACUCGAACAUCUACAGUGGAAUCUCCGCUGCAGCCGCCGCUGCCCCGCUAUACGCCGCCCACUCCAACAGCCUGUACAACACAUCCGUGUCGUCCGCAUCGCCCGGUUCCAGUCCCAGUGCGUCACAACAGCCCAGCGUACUGCCGGAUAUCGAAAACUCGAUGCGACGGCCCGUGCAGGUUAUCUACUGAAAUACUGCACUAGCAGUACUUUCCGGAAGUUCAGCUUUGACCGAAAGACGAUUCUGUAAUCUGACUCCAGCGUGUACAUAUUAGUGAUUAGAGGGAUUGGAUGACGGAGGUUAGCCGCGGUGAUGACGGGCGUCAUGCGCCUCACCGAAGAGGUGGCAACAGUUUUGUAAUAAGGCUGUAAAGGCGAACGUAAUACAAGUUUAAUUUAUUCAUGUGAAAUUUUCGGAUAAUAACCCGAGACUCAAAAAGGAACGCUACCCCUCACACAGAGUAUAGUAGAAUUUUUUUUAUUAUUAUUUCUUGCUAAACCGAAACCAAUAAUGUUCACUUACUGUGUAUGUAAAUAGCGAGAGAUUUAUCGUUAGGCACGAUGUUGUCCCGGAGAGAAAAACGAACGUUUUUUUCGUUUGUGUACUGAGAGAAGAACUAGAAAAAAUAGGCUAAUCAUUAACGUAUCGUAGAGCUUUUUAUGUUAGUUCCGUUUUUUGUUUGUUUCAGAAGUAAGAUACUGUAAUUGGCUUUCCGUAUCGAAAAGAAAAAAAAACAUUCCAUCAGUGAAAAUUGAGAUUAUCUCCCAUCUCGUGACGAAAAUCCAAAUCAGGAAGCUUUUGUUAUUAUUUUUAUUUUGUUUCUACCGGUCUCGAAUCGACAGGACAAAACGAAGGGAUACAAGCUUUAUACUCCUAUUACCGCGUAAUAUUACGAAUGAUAUCAUUAGAGCGGAUACGACUCUCAGCCUGAUCUGUGCGAUCGCAGCAAGAAACUGUAUCAAACUAAUUUUAUUUGUUAUCAUUAAUAUUAGCCCGCCGCAAGGUUUACAGUAAAUUGUAUGAAAAAUAAAACAUUUGAAAAGAAGAAA